AUGCAGGCUACUUCAGGCAGCAGUGGCAGGCUACUUCAGGCAGCGGGGCAGGCUACUUCAGGCAGCGGGGCAGGCUACUUCAGGCAGCGGGGCAGGCUACUUCAGGCAGCGGUGGCAGGCUACUUCAGGCAGAGGGGGCAGGCUACUUCAGGCAGCGAUGGCAGGCUACUUCAGGCAGCGGUGCAGGCUACUUCAGGCAGCGGUGGCAGGCUACUUCAGGCAGCGGUGCAGGCUACCUCAGGCAGCGGGGCAGGCUACCUCAGGCCAGCGGGGCAGGCUACUUCAGGCAGUGGGGCAGGCUACUUCAGGCAGCGGGGGCAGGCUACUUCAGGCAGCGGGGCAGGCUACUUCAGUCAGCGGGGGCAGGCUACUUCAGGCAGCGGGGCAGGCUACCUCAGGCAGCGGGGCAGGCUACUUCAAGCAGCGAGGGCAGGCUACUUCAGGCAGCGGGGCAGGCUACUUCAGGCAGCGGUGCAGGCUACUUCAGGCAGCGGGGCAGGCUUACUUCAGGCAGCGGGGGCAGGCUACUUCAGGCAGCGGGGCAGCUACUUCAGGCAGCGGGGCAGGAUACUUCAGGCAGCGGGGCAGGCUACUUCAGGCAGCGGGGGCAGGCUACUUCAGGCAGCGGGGCAGGCUACUUCAGGCAGCGGGGCAGGCUACCUCAGGCAGCGGGGCAUGCUACUUCAGGCAGCGGGGCAGGCUACUUCAAGCAGCGGGGCAGGCUACUUCAGGCAGCGGGGGCAGGCUACUUCAGGCAGCGGGGGGCAGAUACUUCAGGCAGCGGGGCAGGCUACUUCAGGCAGCGGUGGCAGGCUACUUCAGGUCAGCGGUGCAGGCACCUCAGGCAGCGGUGGCAGGCUACUUCAGGCAGCGGUGGCAGGCUACUUCAGCAGCGGGCAGGCUACUUCAGGCAGCGAGGGCAGGCUACUUCAAGCAGCGAGGGCAGGCUACUUCAGGCAGCGGUGGCAGGCUACUUCAGGCAGCGGUGGCAGGCUACUUCAGGCAGCGGUGGCAGGCUACUUCAGGCAGCGGGGGCAGGCUACUUCAGGCAGCGGGGGCAGGCUACUUCAAGCAGCGGUGGCAGGCUACUUCAAGCAGCGGGGGCAGGCUACCUCAGGCAGCGGUGGCAGGCUACCUCAGGCAGCGGUGCAGGCUACUUCAGGCAGCGGGGCAGGCUACCUCACAGCAUCUAAGAUCACACACCAAGAAUAUCGCGGGACCACAACAGCUGUCCGGUUGUCCCGCCAAAAGAGGUAUAUAAAUAUAUAUAUAAAGCCGGUCCGUCCAAUGAAAACCCCCAGCGGGCCAACUAACAACAAGAGGGGUUUUAAGUGGUUGGUGAUCGUGUCGGAGCCGCGAGCAAGACUCAGGGAUAGCGAGCCUUGA